UCCAGUACGGAUCUCUUCAUUGCGGAAUCAACGACGACGCGUGCGGUGACCUCCAACAAUACCUCGCCCCACGGUCUGAUAGACACAUCUGAUCACGGCAGCAACAGCGCACCUCUCCGCACCAUCUUAGGUGGCGUCCUCGGCGGAGUAGCAUUCGUUGCUCUUGCACUCGCAAUCGGGUACUUUCUAUUCCGCCACAAACGACGCAAUCUCCACGGCGGACUGGCCUCGGGCACGAGUGAAGAGCACCUGCAAGACGGACACGGACACGGACGCGGACACCCCGAUACUUCCUCCGCAGCCUCACAUCAAGGGUAUCAGUCUCGAGGGUCCUUCCUCUCCGAUGCCUCCUCCACCCACUCACUCCCCAGCCACAUUGCGGUCCCGAUCACCAAGCCCGAAGACAGCUACCAGACCAACCGGGCCUCCUCGCGUCUGAGCCCCAUCUUACCACAAUCCAACCCCUUCACCGACUCUGCAGAGGCCAAGUAUGUCUCCCGAUCCCGAGGAAGUGUCGCCAGCUUAGCGGGCAUACUUCGCGAUCCGUUCGCCGAUCCUGCCCCGACCUACUACGGCGUCGGCAAUGCCACCACUACGCUGUCGCGACAGCCAGAGAUGUCGCAACGUCCCGCCUCUGUUGCGUGGAACUCCAUGUACAGCGACCUCAGUCUGGGCAGCACCCUCAUUCUCCCGGGCCGGAGCAGCGCCAGCAGCAGCCUGCAGACCCAGAGACUCAGUUACCCGUUCACCGUGGCGGAGCUCGAGUCCUGCGAUCCCAGCGAGCCCGUCGCCAGACUGAGCACUAGAAGUGACCCGUUCGACCUGGAAUGUCCCCCUCAU